GACCUUUUAAUUCAUGCAAUCUUCCCCUCUUUUUCCUCCGUUUUUUCACACAAAUUGAUCUCCCUCCAUCAAUCUUCUUUCUUUUUUACUCAAUCGAUUCAUCAUUCCACCAGGUUAUCAUAACAUGAUUACAUUAAACGCACAAUUUCGCUAGGGUUUGCUUCCAAUUCGUCCAUCCCUCUGAACCCUAAAUUUGGGAUCUGAUGAUCCAAUUUAGGGCGAUUUUUGGUCGUGAGAUGUACGUGAUGCAGAUUUUAAAGGUUUAGAUUGGUUAACAAUGGCUGCCACCAAGGGAAUAAUGGAUCACCUGAUUACGGCCACCUGCGAAUGGAUUUUGAUGUUUUGGAUGUUCGUAGAAGCGGCUAUCGCAUAUUCGCUUAGGAAAUUUGCUAAAUACUGCAAGUUACAGAGACCGUGCUUGUUGUGUUCCCGGCUUGACCAUUUGUUUGGGAAUGAAGAUUUGCAUUUGUUUUGUAAAAAGCAUCAGUUAGAUGUCUCGCAUUUGAUAUAUUGUAAUGUUCACGAAGAGCUGGUUGACGUGCGCGAAAUGUGUGAAGAUUGCGCGAAUUCCGCGAGUUUGGAAACACGGUCUAAUUCGGAAAGUUACAGGUUUGUUGGGGAGCAAAGAUCAUAUUAUGCAUGUUCUUGUUGUAAAAGUGGUUGGAAAGAAAAGUCAACGGGUCAACAACCGAUUUGGUCGAAUGUUAGUUCAAGGGGGUCUAAAGCUACCACAAAACCUCCUUUGCCUCGUGUUACUCGGCAUGGGAGGCCAAAGAGGCCGAAGAAUAAAGUCAAACAUCGGCAUAGGGAUGCAUUGUCUCCCGUAGGACAAUAUCCCGGAAUCAAAUUUACGUCUGAUUCGGAGCUUGAAUUUCUUUUUUCGGAUACUGAUGAUGGUGGCUUCAAAGUGGUCGGGAUCACUGAAAGAAGUAUGAAAAACGACGAGAAUGAUCUUCUUACUCAGUACAAGAAUCUCGGAAAGCAUGCUCAUAGUACUCCUGAUCUCCGGUCUUCAUUUCUUCUUGAAGCACACCUUAACGAAUGUCCUAGAACUCGAUCAAGAACACGGUCCGCAUCUUUGACACCCGAUUGUCUAAUCAGGCAUAAUUUGGUUGAACUGAAACGAAGAAGCGAUCAAUUUGACCCGUUGAAGAUCGGGAUAGAUAAGAAUCCAUCAUCAUCAAUGAACGCUAAAACACGUGGAUCAUUCGACGGUUCUAUAUUCUUGAAUACCAAUAUUGGUAGUCAGAAUCGAUGCAACAUUUUUUCACGGCAUUCGUUUAGUGCUGCUGAUUUGGGGUCUGCAAUUCGUCUAGAGAUGCAAAAUAAUAAUCCUUUACGGCAACGUUCUGCAUCUUUAACGCCAAAUAUGCCAUCUGGUUAUGGUUUGGGAAAUGAUCAUUUACGACAACGUUCUGCAUCUUUAACACCGAAUAUGUCAUCUGGCUAUGUUUUGGGAACUGAUCAUUUACGACAACGUUCUGCAUCUUUAACACCGAAUAUGUCAUCCGGUUAUGGUUUCGGAGAGCAUCAAAUGCCGAAAAACGUUCAUCCAAAAGAGAAGAAACACAAGAAAGUAUCAUCUCAUCGGUAUGGAUAUUUAGAUGAUUCUGUCGUCUUGAUUAACGCGGGUAAGCAUCAUAACCGAAGCAAGAUUCCUCGACGACAUUCGUAUAGUGUUUUCCAGCUUGGCGGUGAUAUUCUUCUAAACAUGCCUACUGACGAAAGUCAAAACGGUUCUAUUCUUUACGCUUUCGAUGACUAUAAAAAGCUGAAAUCACGUUCACCAGAGCAAGAUUUUAUGAAUACCAUGCAAUUCGCACAAAAAGAAGAUGAAGCUUACACGCCAUUACAACCCAUUAGCUUUAUUAGAGGCGAUUUACCAGUCGCUUUUAUCGACAGGAGUAAAUGGUAUGGAUCUUUUUUAGAUGAUUCUGCUGUCAUGCGUAACACAGGUAUUCAGUAUCAAGACGUUACUCCUCGAAGGCAUUCGCAUAGUUUUUUCGAUCUCGGCCGUGAAUUUGUUCUAAAGGUGCCCGCUAACGAAAGUUUAACAAACAGUUCUGCGUCGUUUGCACCAAGAGGUUCUAUUAAUUAUGGUUUUGAACAACCGAACAAUAUGAAAUUCCAAACGAGGCCUAAUCCUUUUGCUGAUUCUGUUCGACGCCCUCGUCGAAAAAGUAAACGAGGCAAAAAGUCAAACAGGAUUAGCGGGUAUGAAUCGUUGGAUGAUUUGGUUGUUUCAUUAAAUGAUGCUUAUAAUCAUGGUUUUGGAGAACCGAAACAGCCGGUAUUCCAAACAUUCCCAACGGUGCAUAAUUUUAAUCAACCAACCUUUUUUUUAAACAAGAAUCAAGGAGGGUAUCAAUCCAUGGAUGAUUUGGUUGUUCCGUUUAACACAGGUUUUUACGAGAAAAACAAAGAUCCUCGAAGGCAUUCUUAUAGUGCUUUCGAGCUCGGGAAUGCACUAUUAUUAAACGUGCAACCUAUUGAUAGAAGUUCAACCAUGACACAAAAUGGUGCUUAUAAUCAUGGUUUUGGAGAACCGAAACAGUCGGGAUUCCAAACGAUGAAUAAUUCAUCUCAUCCACUUGUGUUUUUAAACAAGAAUCAAGGGUAUGGAUUUAUGGAUGAUUCUGUUGUAACGCGUAAAACGGUCAUUGAUAACCAUAACCAUUAUCAUAACCAAAACAAGCUUCCUCGAAGGCAUUCGUAUAGUAUUUUACAGCUCGGCGGUGAUAUCGUUCUAAAUAUGCCGGUUGAUGAGUCCAUCAGUCAAAGUUUCAGAGACCCGCAAAGGUCAUUCCAAAAGGUCGAAAGAGAUCAGAAUUUGUUUUCGUUACCUCCAACAGGAUCGGUUAAAAGAUUCCGUCCAUCGUAUGAUGUCGGAAGUGAUUUACCGAUAGAUAAGUCGAAAUGGCAUGGCUCUUUUGAUGAUUAUUUGAUCUAUCGUAGCAUGGCUAGUCAAAGUCAAAGUAGUAAUCCUCGAAGGCAUUCGCAUAGUGCGUUGGACUUGGGUCGAGCACUUCUAUUAGAGAUCAAUCUCGAAAACAGUUUAAGAAACUUCAAUGCAUCUUCGGCACCACACGGGUCAACCGGACAUGGGUCAACCGACUCAACCGAACAUAACCGGUCUCAUCAUCAUAGAGCUAAGAGAAACAAUAGUCAGUUGCCACCACCAUGCCCCAUGAACCACCCAUUGGGUUCGUCAUCCGAUUCUAGAAACGAUCUACCAACGUUUUCUUUCGAUACGAAUCACGGGGUUCGAUCAAUGGAUGAUUCUUUUUUCUCACAUAAAACCGGUAAUCAUAAUCAAAAUCAAAAUCAAUAUCAUAACGGUAAUCCUAGAAGGCAUUCUUACAGUGCAUUCGAGCUCGGGUGUGCACUUCUGCUGAAUAUGCAACGCGAACGCGAUACAAGCUCAACACGUCGAUCUGCAUCUUUGACACCAAAGAUCCAAAUAGUCAAAGAAAGUCAACUUCCAAACUUCAAGAAAGCCGAACCGUCAUUCGUAUCAGUAACCACCAUUACAGAUGAUUUAUCCAAUUUAUCCAGCACUUCUUUAUAUAAACCUCAUGGGUAUCUAUCUUGUGAUGAUUCCGGUGUUUCAAAAAGCGGUCAAAAACGAUCGAAGAAUCUCACGAGGAAUUACUACAGUCAUUCUGAUCUAACAUCUCCAGUUAUCCUGCAAAUGACUCUUGAUGAAGGUUUGACCAAAAAGUCAGCAUCUUUGACUCCAGAUUUUGGAGAUAUAAAUUCAUUGAAAUUCCAAGCUGGAUCAGCUUCAUCUCAACAAAGACGCAAGAAAAACGAACGUUCGAAAGCCAAACGAAACAAACGAUCAAAAGCCAAGAAAGGCAAGAAACCGUUGAGAAAAGUAAACAACGUUAAACCCACGAGUUCAACAACUAACGCUCUAAGUGAUGCAUCGUAUGAAUCUUUCGAAGAUUCUGAUGCAUAUGAAUCUUUUGAUGAUUCUGAUACAUAUGAAUCUAACGCGGAUAGUCAAAACCGGUUCAAUAUCUUUUCACGAAAUUCCCAAAGUGUUUCUGAUUUAGGAUCUGCAGUAUUUCAUGAAAUGCAGCCCGAAGACAGAUCAAGAAACCGAUCCAAAUCGUUAACACCAGAGUCUUCUUAUUUUUUCGAUGAUCCGGUGCAAUUCACAGUUAAAAAAGGCCAAGAAAAGAACCCUGCAGAAGUGGAGAAAGAUAAGAAACCAUUACAAUUACCGCCAACAUACCCGCCAAAAGAAAUGGAUUCAUCGAGUACUGCGAGACCCAGUUUGUGUCCUACUUGUUCGUUAGAUGGUAGUGAAAUCGACUACUUUGGUUUAGAAAAGGUGAAACGACAAGCGGAAGAUGAUGUCCGAUGCAUGCGAUUACUACAAUCAGAACUAGAAGCCGAACGAAACGCUGCAACUGUGGCUGCAAAUCACGCAAUGAAUAUGAUCACACGAUUACAACAAGAAAAAGCCGCUCUUCAAAUGGAAGCUUUGCAGUAUCUACGAAUGAUGGAGGAACAAGCCGAAUACGAUAUGGAAGCGUUACAGAAAGCCAACGAGUUAGUUGAAGAAAAAGAGAACGAAAUUCAAGAUCUGUUAAACGAACUGGAACAGUACAGAGCCAAAUACGGCUAUGACCCAUUGAACCUGAACGCUGUUAAAAGUUUUGACGAUGAAAAACGUUACAUUUUGGAAUCGCUAUCGACACUAGAAAAGAAGAUUAAUCAGUUGUCGAAUCGGGCUCAUGAUAAAUCUCCAGAAAGUGACUUUUUGAAACUGGAGCGUGAAGUUUUCGAAAUGAAAGAGAAGAUGGAAGCAUUGCAGGCUGAUCUUGAUCUUAUUAAGCAUGUUUGUAACACACUUCAUGCUAAUGAGGGGAUUGAAUUUAUUCAAGAAAUAGCUCAUCAGUUACAAGAUAUGAGAAGAAUAAUGUUUGAUAGAAGAUUAGUUUCCAGCAAUUAAGGAUGCAUCCUUCAACAAAACCAUGUUUCCUGAGUUGAUAAUGAGCAUAAGACGAGUGACCCGUUCCUUGAAAAUCAGGCUCGGUUUAUUUAUUAGCAGCAGUUUGUCAUUUUGAUAUGCGUGCUACGACUGCAAGAAGACUUUUUACCCGUCCGACCCGUUCAAUUUUUACAGCUUUUUUUUGGUCACUUUUGUGAAGUUGAAUAUGAUUCCUUGUACAUUUGUGGUAUUGUAGUUUAGAUGGAAUUAUGUCUUAUGUUUAACACUGUGAACACCACUAAUAAAUGAUUCAUUUCAUUAAGAAUCAUGGUUUUUGUUUUUUCA